AAAACUAAAGGGCCUUUAAUAAAUCAAACCCUAAUUUAUGUAUCACGAGUCACGACUUUCCUUUUUUUUUUUUGAGCAACCGACUUUCCUUUCCUUUUUAUUACCGAAACUCCCGGCUGACUGUAGCAAACGAAAGAAUCGGUUAAGUUCAUAAGCUUUCUUCAAGACGAGAAGACAGAGAAUGAUGAUGAUAUCCGAUCUUCCAGACGAUUUGGAAUCGGAGAUACUCUCUAGAGUUCCGGCCAAGUCUCUAUGGGAACUAAGAGCUACUUGCAAACGAUGGUACGCUCUAUUCAGAGAUCCGAGGUUCGUGGAGAAGAACAAGAGGUUGGGAAAAGCAGUAAGAGCGUCGAUUUUACUGAGCAAUCAGGAUCUUUAUUCAGUGGACAAAGAUCUCCAUGACAGCAGCGUCUUCGAAGAACCACCUAUCGAGUUCACCUAUAAACUUAGAAGUUUAUUAAAGGGUUCAAAGGAUUUGAAGUUCUCUUGGAUAUAUCACUGCGACGGUUUAAUGUUAAGCCAAAUAAACGAAAUCUCUAGACUUGUGGUUUGGAACCCAUGUACUGGUCAAACGAGGUUUAUCAAACCCGGAAUUCGUUACCAUAGAGAUGAUAAAUAUAGUCUAGGAUACAACAAAUCUUCUUCUGGUCAUAGCUACAAAAUCUUGAGGUAUUGUAAAAACGACCAGACGUUUGCAGAGUGUGUGAUCUAUGAGCUUAGCUCUGAUUCUUGGAGGUUUCUUGAUCCAUUCCCUCUUGACCAUAACCUAUGUUACCGUGGCAUCUCUUUGAAUGGAGACACUUAUUGGAUUGCUCAAGGUAAAGGCGAAGAAACCGGCUAUUUCUUGAUGAAGUUUGAUUUCACCACAGAGACAUUUGUGCGUCUCCCUCUUCCGUUUCAGAAUCUGGAUCCUCGAGAUAAAGCGACCCUGUCAGUUGUUAAGGAUGAAAAGCUCUCGGUGUUGCAUAGCUAUAUUCUUGGAGGGUCAACUGUGAUGAGGAUAUGGGUGAGCAAUAAUGUUUGCGAGGAGCCCAAAGACUUGUCCUGGGGGAGCCCCUUCGUCUUGAAAGUGUUGGAUUUAUAUUGUGAUGGAUUUUACAUCCCAAGUGUUGUGAAUGUGGCAAGCUUCUUGUUGGACGAGGAGAAUAAAGUGGCAAUAUGUUGUGAUUUACACUCAGUGGGGUUAUAUGAAUAUAAGACCAGAAUCUACAUUGUUGGAGAUGGUAUGUUUAAACAAGUCUAUAACGGUACUGUAGAGCCAUUUCGUUGCAGCUUUCCACGUGUCAUCACUUAUGUCCCAAGCUUGGUUUAUAUUCAGACAUGUACACCUAAAAGGGGAAAGAAAGGGAGGUUGGCUGUUAAAUGAAUUGAUUUUUUCUUUUCUUUUGGUUUUGGUUUUGGUGAUGUUUCUUAUGGUUUGUAUCUUACUUUGGCGGAUGCUAUUUGUUCAAAUACAUUAAUUGUUCUGCUUAUAGCCAUGUUCACUUCAAAUGUUUGAUUUGUUGUGCACCUUGGUCAUUCUUAAAUUAAGAU